CGCUUUUGGGUGGCGGGGAGCUUAUCGUUCGCGCGCGAGGCGCUCGCCGUCGGGACACCGCCCGCCCGGACCUCAGCGGACCGUUUCGUCGGUGACGCCGACGAAACGAGCCCUCGCUCCCCACCCACAUUGUCUGGAAAGUUCUCCGGCGCUCCCCUUCCGCCGAGGUGCCAGAUCGAAACGGAAGCGCGGAGCGGCGUGUGGGGCCACUCGCAACCUCCUCGGAGUUCGGCACCCUUUCUGUGUGUGGGGGGAGAGGAAAAAAAAGAAGAACCGAACGAGAAACAAACAAAACGAAACCUAACAAAAAAACGCGUUACUUGCGCGUUGCCUUCAGUCUGCACAGGCGUGCCUCGUCUAGCUAGCUAGCCAGCUAGCUAGCUGUUGCGUAGGUUUUUGCAACAGCACCCAGAAAGUAGGGGAAAGCCUGUUCGCCGCCUAGCUUGUUCGCCGCCUAGCCUGUUCGCCGCCUAGUUUAGCUUGUUCGCCGCCUAGCCUAGCUUGUUCGCCGCCUAGCUUUAGCGUGAAAGCGGUUUGUUGUUUAGCCGAGGUCGUUCUACGGUCGGCAGCAGUCGCUAGUGGGCUUUGAUUCGCGGGUCGGAGUGGUAGGCGAGUCCGUUACUAUACAGCCAUGACUGCGGAGGAGCAAACGAGUGAAGGGCAACAAAGCAUCCCAAUCGAGGGAGAGGAUAUCACGCCGAAGAAAGACGGGGGCGUCUUAAAGUUGGUGAAAAGGGAAGGCACAGGCACGGCGCUGCCUAUGCCAGGUGAUAAAGUGUCCGUACACUAUGUGGGAACGCUUCUGGAUGGUACUGUGUUUGACUCGAGCAGGGAUGCAGGAGAGAAAUUUUCGUUCGAUCUGGGCAGAGGUCAAGUGAUUAAAGCAUGGGACGUUGGUAUAGCUACAAUGAAAGUGGGGGAGCUUUGCCAGCUCAUCUGUAAACCGGAGUAUGCUUACGGAUCUGCUGGCAGCCCACCCAAGAUACCCCCCAAUGCCACACUGGUGUUCCAGGUGGAGUUGUACGAGUUCCAUGAGGACGACAUUACUGAGGAUGAGGAUGGAGGAAUCAUCCGUCGCAUCCUCACUAAAGGCCAGGGCUAUUCCAAGCCCAAUGAAGGAUCAAAUGUUGAAGUGACUGUGGAGGGGACCUUCGAAGACCGCAUUUUCGACCAGAGAGAAUUGAAGUUUGAAAUUGGAGAUGGAGAGAACCUUGGUUUGCCAUAUGGUGUGGAGAAAGCGAUCAUGGCUAUGGAACAGGAAGAGGAGGCCAGCUUCACUAUUAUGGCCAAGUAUGCCUUUGGAAAUGCAGGAAGUACAAAGUAUAACAUUCCUGGUGGAGCGACACUACAGUACAAGAUUAAGCUGGUAGCCUUUGAGAAGGCCAAGGAGUCCUGGGAGAUGAACACAUCAGAGAAACUGGAACAGAGUGCCAUUGUCAAGGAGAAGGGAACACAGUACUUUAAGGAAGGGAAGUACAAGCAAGCGUCCAUGCAGUACAAGAGAAUUGUGUCAUGGCUGGAACAUGAAUCUGGUUUGUCGGAAGAGGACAAGCAGAAGGCCGAGGCUUUACGACUGGCUGCACAUCUGAACCUGGCCAUGUGCUUUCUCAAACUACAAGAGCCAAACCAAGCUCUGGAGAACUGCGACAAGGCCCUGGAGUUGGAUGAAUCCAACGAGAAGGCUCUGUUUCGAAGAGGGGAGGCUCUGUUUGCCAUGAAGGAGUUCGACGAGGCAAGAGGGGACUUCCAGCGAGUCUCUCAACUGUACCCUGCCAACAAAGCAGCCAAGAGCCAGGUGGCUCUCUGUCAGAAACAUAUCAAGGAGCAGCAUGAGAAGGACAAGCGUCUCUACGCCAACAUGUUCCAGAAGUUUGCGGAGAGAGAUGCAAAAAAGGAAGCGGUUAAGAUGAAGAGUGAGAGCAAGGUGAAUGGUGAUGGCAUGGGAGGUGAAAAUGGAGCACAGGAGUGAAACGUUUCAGUCGGACGUGGCCGUUGCAGUCCAUCUUUACUUCAGACUUUUGUAACUUCAGCUGUUUGUGUUUUUAAGGCGUGAUUGUGUGUCUAUAAAUUGUCUGUGAGUGAGUAUUGACGAGAGCACUGACCCAUGUGCAUGUCUUUUGCUGGCUUUGUGUCUGCUUUGGCCAUGGCAGCUAGCUGGCUUUGCGGGGCUUCUCUGGCUAACGGGGACAGUCGGGGGGGGGGGGCGUGGCUUUAGAUCAGUGGCAGCACCACCAUCCCACUGUUUUUCACACACAGCCUCUUGUUUAGGGGGGGGGGGGAGUGUUAGGAUAUAACGUUGAAAAUCUUCGACCCUCACCCGUCAAGGGCUAGAACGUUCACCUCGCACAGCCACGCGUUAAUACACACCCUCUCACACCCGUGUUCUUUCUAUCCAUCCCAUCACAGUUCUCCUUUUGUGGGCCAAUGGAUCAACUUUUUUGAACACCAGUUCAGUUGUGUGUGUGUGUGUGUGUGUGUGUGUGUUUUGAGUGUUCGGGUACCCGUGUCUCUCUGAGUACGCAUGUAGCAGCACCGCAGACAGGAGUGUCAAGAUGUUAGCCAGGUUAGCCAUUCAACAUGAAACGCGGUUCCACCACAGCAGGCAGGGUACAAGACGGUUCCUCGUUGCUUUGGAAAUAUUGACUUUGUUCUGUUUUGGGGUUUGUUUUUUUCUCUUUUUUUUUUCUUAUGUUGUGCUUGUUAUUUCUGUAAUUUUAAAAUGACUUAAAUUGCAUAACUGGAAUAUGUAUGUAAAAGUAAUAAAAUAAAGUAGCUCCUCCUGGA